AUGUUUGGCGAGAUAUACAACGUGAAAUACUUAGCUGCUUACUUAUUAUUGGUCAACGCCGGUAACGCCAGCCCAUCCGCUGCCGACAUCAAGGCUGUCUUGGAAUCUGUCUCCAUUGAAGUUGAAGAAGACAAGAUCUCCAAGUUGUUGGAAGAAGUUGAAGGUAAGAGCGUUGAAGAAUUGAUUGCUGAAGGUACCGAAAAGUUGUCCUCUGUCCCAACUGGUGGUCCAGCUGCUGCUGCCGGUGGUGCCUCUACUGGUGCUGCAACUGAAGAAGCUGCCGAAGAAGCCGCCGAAGAAGCUGCUGAAGAAUCUGACGACGACAUGGGUUUCGGUUUGUUCGACUAA